AUGCUUCAGAUCUCGAGGGAGGAGAUUAGCAAGAAAGUGCCCGAAGAUUCGAAAGGGUUUGACAGAUUGUGGAAAAACAUUGUCUAUUUCCUCGAUCAAUACGUCUACGAGCCACUUGCGACAACUUUUCGAUUCUUCCACCUCAUGAUCAUAUUCGUCCCUGUUAUCAUUACUAUCCCUGUCGCGUUCAUUGGUCCACGAAGCAAGGAGAGGGACAACGAAAGAGCAGGCGUGGUAUGGUGGUACGGCUUUUUGGUCAAAUCAAUGGAAAGAGCUGGCCCUGCAUUCAUUAAACUUGGCCAAUGGGCAGCCUCGAGAACGGAUAUCUUUCCGGCACAGAUGUGUAGUAUCAUGUCUGAGUUGCACUCCAACGCAAAGGCACAUAGCUUACAUCAUACUCGGAAAACAAUCGAGAAGGCAUUUGGCGGAAGACCAUUUGAGGACAUUUUUCUGGAAUUCGAUGAGAAGCCUCUUGGUGUCGGUGCGAUCGCUCAAGUUUACAAAGCGAAAUUGAAACCAGACCUUGCUACCGAAGAGUCGGAUAUGGAUGUCGAAGCUGAGAAGACAUUACGAAAAAGGUUCAAGAGGAACGUUGAUUCGCUGGUAAAGUCCACGCCGCAACGAGUACCUUCACAAUAUGUCGCAAUCAAGGUCUUGCAUCCCAAAGUCGAACGCAAUGUUCGGAGAGACCUGAAGAUCAUGGGCGUGUUUGCUGCUAUCAUUAAUGCAGUCCCUACAUUGGAGUGGCUAGAUCUGCCUAACGAGGUCUCAAACUUUGGCGAGAUGAUGCGACUACAACUCGAUCUACGUAUCGAAGCUGCUAACUUGUCAGUUUUCAGGAAGCACUUUGCAAAUCGGACCACUGCCUGGUUUCCUUUCCCAUACACGCAGUACACUACACGUCAGGUAUUGAUCGAAGAGUUCGCUCAGGGUAUACCUCUGUCGGCAUUCCUAAAUACAGGCGGUGGCGUCUUCCAGAAGGAUAUUGCUGACGAGGGACUUGAUGCCUUCCUUCACAUGCUUCUGAUCGACAACUUCACUCAUUCCGAUCUACAUCCAGGCAAUAUCAUGGUCCGCUUCUACAAAUCUUCGAGAACAAAUGUACACGUACCACUACUCACGCAGAAGCAAGACCCGUCGAAACCAACUUCACCCGAAGAGGCUGACGAGGUCGAAAAAGUCUUAGCACGACUGCGACCACAUAUUGGUAAACAACCGGAGUGGGACCAGACUUUAGCCAAGAUUGACCAAGAAGGAUAUCGACCACAGCUCAUUUUCAUCGAUACUGGUCUCGUGACGGAGCUGAACGGCAAGAAUAGACGAAAUUUCCUAGACCUGUUCAAAAGUAUUGCCGAGUUCGAUGGCUACAAAGCAGGACGACUUAUGGUCGAGCGAUGCAGAAAUCCUGAGGCAGUCAUUGAUCAGGAAGUAUUCGCCCUCAAGAUGCAGCAUCUGGUUCUGGCUGUCAAGGGGCAAACAUUCGCUCUCGGCAACAUCAAAAUUGGCGACAUCUUAUCACAGGUGUUGAGUAUGGUUCGUAAUCACCAUGUUCGCAUGGAAGGCGACUUUGUCAAUGUCGUCAUCUCCAUCCUCCUCCUUGAAGGUAUUGGGCGCAGUCUCGACCCACAACUUGACCUCUUUAAAUCUGCAUUACCUAUCUUGCGCAGCAUUGGCAGUAGCGACCCGUCUGCCGUCCUCAAAUCUUUCAAGGAAGGCGAUUUCAGCAUGUUGAGGAUAUGGGUGGGUUUGGAAGCGAGACGCUUCUUCCAGGCUAGUGCUGAGUCGGUUGAGGCUUGUGUCAAGUAUGACUUGCUGAGUCCGAUGUUGUGA